GCGACAGCUUCCAGAAAAACUUGCAGCCUCGUUCGCCACACGGAUGAACGCAUUGUUCGCCGAUAACGAGGGAGAGCCGCCCAGCAAAGGGCGCCAACUAUACAGAGCUGUGAGGGUGUCAUGGGCCUUGGAGGAAGGAUUUCUGCAUGCCCAAGGGGUCAAACGAGAGGAUGAAUUGUGGGAUAGGCAUCGGUAAUGCGCAGAGAGGACGUGGGGCAUCAGCAUUUCACUUGUUCAAUGGGCCUGCUGUGGAGGGUCCCUGCCAUGAUGCAUACGGGGCGCGAAAGCUAUGUGACCACUGUGAUGCAGUACGGAGGCAGAAUGGCUGUAGACAACGUUUGCUGGAUGAUCCUCUGGCGUCAAACGCCGCAGCAGAUGUCAGAAGCAGUGGUCAGACAUCUGCAGCCGUUGAAGUGAUUGCGGGUCAUCUAAACAGUCCUGGAAAGCGGAAGAGGAACAGAAUAAGAGUGACAUCAGCCGAAGAAGUGGCGAGGGCCGUUGCUGCUGCCAGAGAUGGAGAUGGAGGAUGUUCCGUGGCCACAUGUGGGCAGACACAAAGGGUAUUGCAAGGUCCGCUGCGGUUGGCGCAAUGCUGGAGAAAGGAGGAUGAGCUGGACACCUGUAUGUUCCAAGAUGGCCGGUUAUGGCAUGAUGCCCAAGGGUGCGGCGGCAUUGCUGCAAGAGACAUUGGUGCAAGCGAGAGGUCCUGCAAUACCCUCGCAGGUGAUGUGUCAACGGCGGACACGAUGGCGAGGCUGACAUUGAAUGCUGCUGGUGGUGGUGGGCAGGCAAAGCGGAUGAGGGUAGGAAACUGUCCCCCCACCUCCUCCGUUGCUGUGUCAAGAUUGCAAGAGGUCAACGCUAGCCAUCUCGGCACAGUUCAGUGGGGCUGCAGCCCAAUUAAUGGAGGGUUGAUGGAAAGUAUGGUGGGAAGCAAGACGGCGGGAGACUCGCGGAGCUACUGGCCGCAGCAGUUGCAUGGCUGUAAUACGACGGUGCAAGCGGGGUUGUUCACAAAGAAGCGGACGCCUCUCCAUGUACUGGAUGAGGACUGGGGAAGUUUGAAUGAGGGACGGGGUGCGGAACGAGUUCAAGUGCAGUUCUUAUCUGAGAGGAGUGGAGGGAUGACAAUGCCGGAGUGUCUGAAGCAGGAAGGUGCAAGUGCACACGCCCAGGUUCUGCCGUCGUCCAUGCCACAUGAAGAAGCGAAUUGGCAGAGAGGACCAUGGGAGCAGCCUCAGGGGCUGUCGAUGUCUCGUGGAGGCGAAGUGGCAUUUGCAGUGCUUGAGGGCUUGAAUCAGGGGGGAAGGGUUCAAGGUGGGUCGUCCAGGGCAGAUGCAGUGUUGACGUCAUCACAGCAUCACCAGACUUCGCCAGUAUCAGUGGACCAUGCGCAGGUGCGAUCAUGGUUCGUUGAGGAUGAAAGAGCAACGGGGGGGCAAGAAGAGCACCUGAAUCGGCAUGGAUGUGUGGAAGGAGGAGUUGAGAUGUGUCCAUCACCGAAAGUAACUAGAGAGAUGAUGACAUCAGGGCAGUCUACGAAUCAGCAGCAAUCGGAGGAGCCAUUUCAGGUAGUAUACUCGAUGCCCGACGCAGAAGAUGUGGUCUUGUUACAGCAGCACAGCGACUUCCUGUCAGAUCAUUUAUGUCUGACCUCCUCUGCGGGUCUCCACCCUAGUUGGCUGAACGGCGGGGCUAUGGAGAAAGAAAUUGAGGGUGGCGACAUGUCUGUGGUUAUUUAUAACAAGCUAUGGGGCCAAUGUGAGGGGCGCUUUUCGGCAAAGGAAGAAAUGACUGCUGCUGACUUGUGUUCCAUGUCCGCAACUGAGACCCAUCAGGUCAAUUCUGGCUUGUCCCGAAGGUCCCCUCGAUCUUCAUCUCAGAGUGGAUCCAACGAUGGAAGGAUGAAGAAAGAACCACGGAUAUGUGAGGAAGCAGCAACUGCUGCAUAUGAACAUGAUGGCUGGAGGAAUAACCAUGCGCGCCCAGGGUCAAAAUAUAAUCCUGUUAUUAUUGACGAUGACGACUGCGAGCCCUGUAAUUACAACAAGCAGCCUGCUUGUGCGAGAGUGGGAGACCCUCAGGAGGAUGCCGGUAGAGAGAGCUCCCAGGGUGAGCUAUCAGCUGUGACAACCAAGGUGGGAUUGGGAUUAACUUCGCGACCCCUGCACUCUGAGCCUUGUUCUUCCCCUCCUCGGGUAUCGGAGAACCUGGCGUCAAGGGUGCUGAACGCCGACUUCAAGGAGCUGGGCUGGAGAGGUGACCUGAAGCAGGAACGGAUAUCAUCAUUGAGUCCGCAAGCAAAAAUCAGAUGUCGGUAUGCAAAUUUUGUGGAUUUGACACAAGAAGAAUCUGAUUCACAAGCACACCAAAACCCUUCCCCAUCGCUGCUUCCGUGCGCUUCCUCUCCUUUGUCGCCUUCUGCUGCUGGAAGCCAACAGUUGAAGAGGUCGGGUGUCAAUUACACAGGGGUAUGGUCAGCCUCUGCUCCCUCUCCGAUUUGCCCUGAUGCUGCUGCUGCUGAGAGUGAAGGCUUGAACAGGUUGGAUCUCAGCGGUGCAGGAUUACGGUCAACCACUUCUCCCACUUGUUUCGGCCCUGAUGGCGCUGAGAGUCAAGUGUUAAAGAGGUCAGAUGUCGCAGAGCGAGGAGGUGUACAACCACUCUCUGCUGCAUCUCCUGUUUACCGUGAUGCUGAGGAGAGUCAAGGAUUGAGUUGGUUAGACGUGAGUGAGGCUGGAAUAUUGUCACCCUCCACUCCUUCUCCUCUUCCCCCUGAUCCUGAUGGGAGUCAUUGCUUGAACCGGUUACAAGUCAGCAAGGCAGGAUUACGAUCACCCUCUUCUCCCUCUCCUUUUCACUCUCAUGGUGCUGAGAGUCAAGGGUUGAAGAGUUUUGAUGCGAGGGAGCCAGGAGGAGUACGGCCGCUCUCUUCUGCUCCCUCUCCUAUCUGCCCUGCUGUUCUGGAGAGUCAGGGAUUGGAUAGGUUAGAUGUCAGUGAGGCAGGUUUACCGUCGUCACCCGCGACUCCCUCUAGGUUUCCUCUUGAUGCUGCUGAGAGUGCUGCUGAGUGUCAAGGGUUGCAAAAGCCAGAUGGUAGUGAGCCAAGUGUGAAGUCUUCCCCUUUGCCCUCUUCCUUUCCUCCCGAUACUGUGGACAGCCAAGGGUUCAGCAGGCCAAGAGUGAAGUCCUCCCCUAAUCCUGCUCCUCUUCCCUCUGAUGCUGCUGAGGUCAAAGGGUUGAAGAGGUUGGAUGUCACUGCUGAGUUAAGAGUGAAGUCUUCCCCUGCUUCCUUUCCUUUUCAUCCUGAUGCUGUCGAGAGCACAGGGGUGAAGAGAUCAGAGGUCUGCGAGUCGCAAGUGCAAUCGUCCCCUGCUUGCUCUCCGUGUUGUCGUGAUGCCAGUGAAACCCCCAUGUUGAAGAGGUCGGAUACUAGUGAGUCGUCAGUGCUCUUCCCCCUUACUCCCACUCUUUUCCGUUCUGAUCCUGAUGACAGCCUGGUGUUGAAAAGGGUGGACACCAGAGAUGCAAACAUAGCGUCGCAGUUGGAGUGCAAAGGAGAACCAGCAUUUUCAAAGGCAGUCAAUUCUGAAUGCAAUGUCGAGGAUGGGAACGAGGCUGGGAAUGUCGAUCCAACAUCGUGCUCGGAUUCACCGUCGGCGAAGAAGCCAGCAGCAUCUCUUGUGAGCAAGCCAUCACUGAGCAACAUGGGUGAAGAGGCAAAGAAUGACUGGUCAGCAUCCUCUGCUUCUGCAAGAGGGAAACCGGCUAUGGAAGACCGCUUUGCAGAGAAGGAGCGGGCCCACAAAGCUGCUGACAGGAUUGCUCGCCUGGGGCAGCAACGCUACAGCGGUGCCCUGCAAUCGUUGUUUGCAGAGUUCGAGCAGCUAACUUCCACACCUGGCUUGGUCAUGUCUGCAGGUGACCUACUAACAAACUUCUGCAGGGCAGCCCCUGAGAAGUUUUUUGUUGCUUUGUACAGCGUUGGGCACAAGGAUUGGAUAUCCUUUGGCCGUGCAGCCCUGGACAUGAAGGCAAAACUUCAUGUUCAGGCCCCCUCUGACAGGAGGAAAGGUGCCUUCCCUCGUGGUGGUAGAAAGGGAAAGGCAACCUUUGCACAUGCACGGUCUGCAUCAGCUUCUGAUUCAGACUCCCAGGCUGAUACACCAUCGGCUGGGAUUGGAUCAGCUGCUGAGACAGAUGUUGCAGCGGCCCUGACGCAGGCUGUUCUGGGAGUUCUGCAGCAGCAGAAGAGAUUCUCUCCCACCACAGCCUCAGCCAGUCCCAAGGGGAAGGACAAGGGACACGCUCCUCCUGUUUCCCGUCCUCCUGAGAUACAACAAGCUGUAGACCAGUAUGCUGAUCUGAUGAAGGAGCCCUUUGGGUUACGCAAUCGGCCAACCAAGCAUCACAUUGAGCUACUGCCUGGAGCGGUCCCUCCUAGGGGCCGCAUCUACAGGAUGUCCCCUGCUGAGCUUGAGGAGCUGAGAAAGCAGUUUGAGACCUUAACCAACAAAGGCUGGAUACGGCCGAGCACUUAUGAAUUUGGGGCACCAGUCCUGUUCGUCCCGAAAGGGAAUGGAGAAUUCAAAAUGUGCAUCAACUACAGGGGUCUCAACAAGAUUGCUAGGAGUACAGAGCCACUUCCUAGGAUCGAUGACCUUCUGGAUAUGGUGCAGGGCUGCACAAUGUUCAACAAAGUCGACCUCAAAUUUGGCUACCACCAGAUUGAGAUGGCAGAGGAGGAUGUCUAUAAGACAACCUUCAAGACCAGUUAUGGUACUUAGGAGUUCCUGGUCAUGCCAUUUGGACUAUGCAACGCCCCAGG